UUCCGUCCGCCUGAUUCUGCAGAGCGGACCUGCAGGACAGGAGCAGAGCUGCUCUGUCUGAACUAGCUCAUAAAUAUAGAGAAAAAAAACUGUAUAUAUAAAUAUAUUUAAAAAAAUUACAUUGCAGUUUUUGGUUUAAUGACAGCAGUAGGCUGGAGUCUUCAGGGAAAUUGAUUAAAAAAUCCAGUUCAGCGAUUCAGCUAGCAAACCUGAGGCAGCACAUGCUACAGCACAUAAUCAGGUCUGUCAUUCAGAGAAAACAUGCCUAAUGCCACUACAAGACCAAAGAGGACGAGGCGUCACAGGCGAGCUCAGAGAGAAGAUGCUGUGAGAAACGAGCUGGUGUCGAGAUCACUGGAGAGCGCUCAGCAGUGUCUGUUCAGUCAGGACUACGGCACUGCUUUUGUUCACUACCUUUUGGCUCUAAACCUUGCCCCAGCUCUAAAAGACUUUGCAAAUGAAUCCUUUAGAUUUACUCUGUUUAAAUGGGCAGACGAGCUGGACUCUCUUGGACGUAUCCAGGACCUCUUUAAUUGCUAUGAACAAGCUAUGGAGUUGUUUCCAGUGGAUGAGGUUAUAGUGAACAGCAUGGGAGAGCAUCUCUUCAGAAUGGGGUUUCGGGAUGAAGCUGCUGGGCAUUUUUACAAAGCCCUUAAACUCCGGCCAGACUUCCCAGAGGCAAAGGAGAACUUUUACCGUGUUGCCAACUGGUUGGUGGAACGCUGGCACUUCUUAAUGCUCAACGACCACGGACGGAACCACAAGUACCAGCUGGCUGUUAAGAAAGCUGUCGAGGAAGGAUGCAGCUCUGUUCUGGAUAUUGGAACUGGCACAGGCAUCCUCGGUAUGUGUGCAAAGAUGGCAGGCGCCGCUGAGGUCUAUGCCUGUGAGCUGUCAAAGACAAUGUAUGAGCUGGCGUGCGAGGUGCUCUCAGCCAAUGGGAUGGCAGACAGCAUCAAGAUUGUUCACCUGAAGUCUCUAGACAUGAAAAUUCCAAAAGACAUUCCAAACAGAGUGUCGCUGGUUGUAACAGAGACGGUAGAUGCAGGGCUGUUUGGUGAGGGCAUCAUUGAGACGCUGAUCCAUGCAUGGAAGCACCUGCUUUUACCUCCACCUAACAUGCACCAACAACCCUUGUCCAGUCCCUCACAAACGGGCCGGGUAAUACCUGCUGGUGCAACUGUGUUUGGAGUCGCUGUGCAGUGCCGUGAGAUCCGUAGACAUCAUAGGCUGUGUGCGUCUUCAGUUGGAGGCUUGGAUCUGUCUGCAGUAGGACAGAUUUUUAGUCCUGUGAGCUGUCUGGCUGAUGCUGAGGACAGCACUGAGCCCUAUACCACUGAAAGACUGAGCCGCCUGCGUGGAGGAUACAUUCAGCUCACACAACCUUUCACAGCUCUGGACAUAGACUUCAAUAAUGUGCAGGAGCUGGAGGGGCUUUGCUCCAGAGAGGUGGUGCAGCUGCGGCUGUGUGUCACUCAGGAGGGUGUUCUUGAUGCUCUGGCAGUAUGGUUUCAGCUCCACCUCGACCAGGACAACCAUCUGUCCACUGGCCCACAGGAAGACACAUGCUGGGAGCAGGCCAUCUAUCCAAUACAGAGUCCAUUCAACACUGUGAAAUGUGGUGAUGAAAUACUGGUGGAAGUUUCCUGUAAGGACUCUUAUCUCAGGCUAUGCUGUGCCGCUAUCAUAAGAGAUGGACACACAUUCCGUAUGGACAGCGUAACUCCCAAGAUCCUCGCUGCAAACCCCGAGGCCGAGCUGUGCAGUGCUCUGGCUGGCCUUCAAACCAGCCAGCAGAAACCAUCCUGCGCUUUUAUGCUGGAGUCGACAGAGAUCGCCCUGCUCAAUAACACAGCGUAUCAUAACAGCUUCCAGAGGGCCAUGAGCAAGCUUUUGGUUUCUCUUAAGUCAACUAGGAGGUCACAACAAUCAGACACAGAACUGGAUCCGAUCUACGUGCUCGAUGUCUCCGAGGGCUUUUCUGUGCUCUCCUUGAUUGCAGCCCAGUUAGGCUUCGAUUCAGGUGAAGACAAACAGAUCGGCCCUGGAACGGUUCAAGCCUACAGCUCAGUGGAAAAGGAGCAUCACCAGACUAUGUUGAGACUGCUGGCCAAAGGAAACGGUGUGCUUGAAAGCACACUGGAGUUCUGGUUAAGUCAUGUGGAGGAUGAUUCUGCAGUUCUUCAACGGCCAGCCACUGAGAAGCUCUGGAGCGCCAUCAUUCUCGACUGCAUAGAGACCUGUGGCCUUAUUAGACAGAAAAUGUUGGAGAAAGCAACGUUAGCUAGGUGUUUGUUGGAGGACGGUGGGCAGAUCUUUCCAGAGCGCAUUGUGAUCCACGGGAUGCUUGUUGAGUCUGACACGCUGCUUCGGGAAAGCGCUGUUCAAGGGACAGAGCCGACUCUCGGGUUCAACAUUGCUCCAUUCAUCAAUCAGUUCACAGUACCUGUUCAUGUGUUUUUGGACCUGUCCACGCUUGAAUGUACACAUCUUAGUGAAGCAGUAGAACUCUUCGCUCUGGACCUCAUGAACAGCACUGUCAAUUACACUGACAGAGAAGUUAAAGUGCGGGUCAAAACCUCAGGCAAGGUGACUGCCGUUGCUUUCUGGUACCAGAUCCAUCUGGACUCUGAGCAGAGCGUCAGCACCUUCAGUGAGGACUCUCACUGGAAGCAGGCGGCGGUGGUCCUCCAGCAGCCCCUGACGGUCAGCAGAGGAGAGUGGGUCAAGCUCAGCAUCCAGCUCCACAAGAGCAGCAUCUCCAUUACAGCUGUUAAAGAAGAAGGGCUGGGGGCUGAUGAUGAUGAUAUCAGGGAGGCGGAGCCUAUGACCAGUGACUCAUGAUGUAGGAGGGGCCUCCUGUAUUGAUAUACCACACUCCACAAUCAGCGAAUUGCUGCUGAUCGGCAAUUAUUUUAUGGCUGUAUGGUAAACAAAGUUAUUAUUUUUAUGAACCAGCACACAUUUUACAUUAAAAUAAUUUCACCAUGA